AUGUUUUUCACUGCUGGAAUGCAACGUGAUUUCGUCAAGGUCACACUUGGCCCGUUGUUCAAGAGCAACCAAGUGACGCGGGAUUUGAAAGUGAUCGCGCUGGAUGACAACAGACUCUUACUACCUGCUUGGGCUGAUACAAUCUUCAACGAUGACGAAGCAUCCAAAUAUGUGGAUGGUAUUGGCGUGCACUGGUAUCUUGAUGGUCUCAUCCCGGCUUGUGCUGGAGCAUUCAUCGGUCACGGCCCGAUUCUUGGAGACUGGUACCGUGCAGAAGAAUAUGCCGCCAGCAUUAUAGAGGAUUUAAAUAAUUUCGUCACUGGCUGGACUGAUUGGAACAUGUGCCUCAAUGAGCGGGGUGGACCAAACUGGGUUGACAAUUUUGUCGAUUCACCAGUCAUUGUGAACGCGACAUCAGACGAAUUUUACAAGCAGCCAAUGUUUUACGCAAUGGGACAUUUCAGCAAAUUUUUCAAACGAGAUGCAGUACGAGUGAACACUACGGUCACUGGCUCAAAUGGAAUCCUCGCUACCACUGUCGUCUACAAAGGGCGCCGAACUGUGACACUGAUUAACAGAUUGAGCUCACCCGUGAGCAUAGCACUCAACGACGUAACCACAAGCCAUCAUCUACACUUUACCGUCGAGCCGCACUCGAUUGUCACAGCGCUGUGGAAUAAACAGUGA